GACGCCCUCCGUCCUUUUACGCUUUCAAAGGCAACUCACGUAACAAGCAGCAAGCAGGUAACGCCUUCCCACCCAGAUGGCGGCGGCGGCGGAGAUCAGGAUGGCCGCCGUCUUCGGCGAGGCCAGGCCGGAGAACGGCGACCACGACGCCGAUGCUCUCCCGCGCCGCCCCGUGCUCUUCCACGCCCACGCCCACUCCCAGGGCCCCCUCCGCGUCGUCGCCACCGACCUCCGCUCCCUCGCCUGGCACUGCUCCCUCGACCUCGACGACCUCCAAGACCUUCAAGAUGACGUUGGCAUCGGUGGCUCCUGCUCCGACUUCCUCGACUACCUCUAUUCUUCCUUCUCCUCCGCCCAAGUCAAGCUCCUCUUCCCUGCCGCCCAAGGUGCUGAUACUGCUGAGCUUGUGGCUACCAAGGCAAAGGGGCUACCUCGCAUCACAAUCUCUCUCCAUCCUGUUGCUACCUCUGCGCUCAAAGAUGUCAUUGCCGAUUUCUCCCUUGCGCUUUAUGCGUCUUACAAGACUAAGCAGGAACAUGCAUCCAGAGGUGGGUUCAUGUCAUUCGGACUUCUUCUUUUUAUGACUAAUUUGUUUUGGAAUUUUGUUCCUCGUCUUUGUCCCCAAUUCUCUUUUACUUCUUUUGCAGAACAAGAACGAGCGUCGCAGCUCAUGGAAAGUCUAGCAUCUGAAAGACAAAAAAAUGAGGUAAUGCAGAAACAAUUGGAAGCCCUUUCGUUCCUUGACAAAAGGAAGGCAACAAAGCCAAAAGUGGUGGCUGAUCAGGCUCCAAGUGUAUCCGGUGCACCUCUAAGCUCGGAUCAAGUUAUUGUUCCUGUGCAGCAGCAAACAUCAGUGGCUUCACCUAGCAAAGUUCCUCCAGCUAAAGCUACAAAGCGGGUAUCCCAUGUGUCUAGGAGGGCAAGGGUACGAGGAGCUUUGUUGCAAGAUGCUGAUGAAAAUGAUGAUGGUAAUUGUUAGAUAUUGCUGAUUUACUGUCGUUGAUUAACACAAUUAUUUGGCAUGUAAACAUGUUACAUUUAUUAGGUGUUGUGGUAUGUCAAACUUGUAGUCGUCUACUAUACGGUUCUGCUGCUCUACAUGAGCUAGCUUGGUGGUGACUGCUGUUCCCCUCCAAGUGUUUCAGUUGCCAGAGCUUGUUUGUGCUUUCCACUGUUAUACAUCGUCUGGCCGGGCUAGCACAUUU